CAAUUAACCCAUUUCUAUUUCCUCCUCUUUUCGUCCCUCCAAACUGUACUUCAAUAAUAAUGUCGUGGUUAUCUAGAUCCAUUGUCAACUCGCUGAAACUCGACGAAGACGAUGAUGACCGUACAGAUGCUGCACCGAAUCCCAAAGCCGAACCCGACCUUGACCCUGAUCAAUCCCCUCCCUCCCAGUCCUAUCCUUCGUCGGAUCCCAACACUCCUCGUGGCGUUAAAGAAGACAUCUCCGAGCUUACCAAAACCCUAACCCGCCAAUUCUGGGGCGUUGCCUCUUUCCUUGCCCCGCCUCCUCUGGGGUCAUCGAACCAACAACUCGAUCACACUGAGGAUGAACAAUCCCUCCGACCACCGUCCGAUGGUUGGGAUGAGGCGUCCGAUGAGGCAUUGAUAUCGGGAAUACGUAGCGAUUUAUCGGAGAUUGGCGGGAAGUUCAAGACCGAAAUCUCGAAACUGUCUAAAAAUAUUGCCGUCUCGGAGUUCACUAAGAUGGCUUCGAAUUUUCUUCAGUUGGGAUCUGACGAAGAGAAUCUUGAAAAAUACGAGAGCGGAAACGUUGUCGGUGUGACGGAAGAUGUUGUUGCCUUCGCUAGGGAUAUCGCGAUGCAUCCAAGAACUUGGCUCGAUUUUCCCGUACCUGAUAAUGAUGAUUUUGAUGAUUUUGACAUGUCUGAUGCACAACAAGAACAUGCCUUAGCCAUUGAGCGUCUUGCACCAAGAUUGGCAGCACUUAGGAUUGAAAUUUGCCCGGGAUAUAUGAGUGAGGGUUGCUUUUGGAAGAUCUAUUUUAUACUUCUACAUCCCCAACUCAAUGAACAUGAUGCAGAACUUUUGUCUACUCCCCAAGUAGUUGCAGCUAGAGAGAUGUUAAUGCCAGGGUUACAGUAUCGAGCGAAGGUGAAGGUGGUAGAAGAUCAUUCUGAAAGAGACACUUCAAAAAUAACAGCUGAUUUACCACAUGAAGAGUCUCUUUCAUUGCCUUGUUCAAGUCAAUCAAAGGCAGUGCUACUCAAGGCAACUGGAAGUGGAGAAGGCGAUACUGCUAUAGUUGUUGAAAUUGAAACAGAGCAGCAUCCAGUUCAGAGUGGUGAGAUGCAGGUUGUUGACAAGUCUGUCAUUGAGGAAGAGCCGAUGAAAGUGAUUAAACAUCAACAUUCAACAUCUGGUUCAUCUGGAGUUUCUAUUGAGAAAUUUGAAGAUGAUGCUGAUGACUGGUUAGAGGAGGAAACUUCAGAGGCAUUUGGCAGAAGUGCUACCACAAUCCCACUUGGAAAUGAUGAGGAUGUUUCAUUCAGUGACCUUGAGAAUGAUGAUGACGAUAGUGUGCCAAUAAGUUAUAAGCAAGUGACAUCUGGUUCUGAUUCUUCAACAAAAGACUCAAGAGAUUGGGUUCAACUUGGCAGGAGCUCUACAGACUCGGUUAAAGAUGUUAGCUGUGUUGGUGAUAAACUUCUUGGGUCUGAGGAGGUAAGUGCUCGUAACCCUGAAACCAAGGAAUCAAAUGACUGGCUUGAUAUUGAAGAGAUCAUGUGAACUCUAAACCUUUGGGGUAUUUGAAAUUUAGAUUCUUCAUGGUUAUAUGUGUAUGGUUCCAUCAGUCCAAGCUAAGGCUCUAGAAACUGUGUUUUGUACAUAAAACCCAGUUAAAAUUGGAUAAUUUUAUGCUCAUGUGAUUUCCACGUGGAUUUGUGUCUAAUGAAUUAUGUAAUUGCUGUUUGAUCAGAGAAAAAUUUGGAGCUGUAGUGAUUGAAGUUGUUAUGUA